GCCAUCUGAUUAAUCUGUACCACUCAUAAACCAAUGACGGAAAUGGGCGGUCCUACAACGAGUGUAAAGCUUCUCCAAUGUUGUCAUUUUGAGAUUGCAGCGCGGUUUGUAGACUAUUGUUGAUGUCAAAGACCAGUCAUUUCCAACCCACAUGUAGAACAAAGUCUCACUGUCUUAUUGUCAUAAUUUUAUUGGUCGUAUUAGAGACGGAUUCAUAGAAUCAUGAGUAAAGUGCAAGGUGGGAUGAAAUGCGUGAAAUAUCUCCUUUUAGUUUUCAACUUCAUAUUCUGGGUAAGUGUUGAUCCUACUACCGAUCCAUUAAUAUACAUUUAUUCAAUCAUAAACAUCGUUGCAUGUGUGCAGAAUUGAUCGUGAUUUAUAGUGACUCUUCAUACAUUGCAGAUGCUUUUUGCAGCAAGUGCAUCUCUCACGCUGCUGUAGCCGAUUCAUUUCUAUUCUUCUCCCGGUCCGGAGGGAAAGUUAAUUUCUUCUAUUGUUGUCGGAUUUUUAUCAACGUAACUCAUUUUCACGGAAGCAUGUUGUUACCAAAUAUAAUCGUAUUCUCUUAUUUGAUGGCUGAGAUAGAACAUUCUUACCAAACCACGCACGCACACACACGUUAUAUUACAUGACUUCAAGGACAUGUUCUCAUGAUAACUCAUUUAACCACGACUCGCCUCCCUCCAGAUACAGAUGGUAUGAUUUUAGUUUGAUCACUCUUUUGUUGAGAAUUUGCGUAUGAGCUUCAUGAUUUACGUACAUUUACUGAAAACCCGCACUAACACUUGGUUAUAUUAACAGUAUUGCACUUUUGAAGUAGACUAUUUUUGUCUCAUUUAUAGCCUUACCACUGACCAAGCAACUGGACUAAUGAACUAAAUGUUCAAAUCCUGUUGCAGCAGGAUUAUUACAUCUGUAUUUGAGAUUCUGAGGUCACAGUCCUUAACUGGACUGACUGAACUUCAUGUUUAUUGUCAACACAAAGUGUGAAUUAACCUCCACAUAAUAUGUUAUUUAAAUAUUAAUGUAAUGGUUUAUGCAAUUGUACAAUUUCAACAGCUAUUACAGCAGUAUGCAUAGUUUGCAGUAGACACUGUUGUGAUUUACACUGUAUGAAGUUUCUCUAAUUUCAACAGUAAAACACUGUAGAAUGCACAAUACAUACUACACAUGUGUUUUAGAGAAUUCAUUAUGGUGCAUUGUGGGAAAGUAUUGUGGGCGGGGAACGAGUCUCUGCAGAUUAACAUAUUUUAGGGCUUGCUUUGUAAGAGGCUGUAUUUGAUACACUGGUGAGUGAGAAUGCUGUACAUCCACAGGAUACAGUAAUAUACUGUAUUUAACGAAUUCUACAAACCUUGUCCUGAAAAUUUACAUUAACUGCUGGCAGUAAUUUACUGUAAUUCAGAAUACAGUACUGUACUGCAUUUUUUGGAAACCUUUUGGACACUAGUGAGUAGUGAUGGGAAACAAAGCUUCCUGAAACAUUGAGUUUUUCCAGCCAAUUGUGUCGAAAAUAGGUUCAUUACUCUGAGCUUCAUUAUCCGUUCGCAAUGCACACUGUUACAUCUGCUGGUCAGCAAUAAAUAGCAACGUGUGAUUAUCAGAUAGCGGGGGUUUUUUCUCCACUGAUUUCAUCAAAACUCCGUGGCACAGCAGUAAGUCAUUGGCUUUAAUAGCCUACAAUCAGUUGGAUUGCAUCUUACAUCCUCCCUUUUUUGCCUUCAAGUUUACUAUUUUUCAAAACUCAAUCUAUGGCAUUAUUUAGGAUGCUUUAGACAAGCUUAUUCUAAAUAAAAUGAAUUAUUUGAACAAGAGCGCAGAAUGUGUGGUUUCACAUAAAAGUAUUUUCAAACUAGUGUGCUUUAAACAGGAUUCAACCUCAUACCCUCAUGUCCCCUACUCUACCUUCUAAGCUACCAGUCAGGUGAAUUACAUGUACAAAAUCCUAGCUAUAUGUAUAAGUACGUUAUGCAGUUAAGGUUGGUGUUUGAAAGCAGCUUAAUCGAACAAAGCACUGGAACCAAGGUGAAAUCAGUGGGAUCUCGCAUUUUGCAACACAUGGUUUGAAAAAGCACGUGAUCAAACGAAGCUGAUGAUGUACUUCUGAUAAAGUCAUACACACAUUGGCGCACUGCUUCGAAGUUACGCCUCGAUCACACCAACAGCGUCAUUGCGUUUUGGUACACCAGAAGUACAUUAAUUUCCAAUGGAACACUGUGUGCCUUGCAGCAUUGCGUUGCAGAGGCAGUUGCAGUGUGUUCUGUGUGGUGCAUACGUUGGAUUUAUCGAACAUGCAUCAAAUUAUAUGUGUAGACAGCUUGACAGAAAUAGUAGCAGAAGGUGAAUAUUGAACUUUUGUUGCACACAUAUCCAGAUGAUGCUGCGUACCAUUUAGAGCAAUGACGCUGUAGGUGUAUUCAAGGCGGUUAGCAAUUUCGACGCAUACAUCAGAGCUCCAGUAUCAAACAUAACAUCACUAAUAGUGAGUGCAUGGUAUUGAUGUUUCUGACUCAUUAACAUAUUUUGAGGUGUGUCUUGUAAGAGGCUAUAUUUGUUGCACCCGUUAGUAAGAAUGUUGUACGAAUUUAACUGAUAUGUGGUAGUGGUUCUCCAACAGUUACAUGUACAGUGGGGAGAACAAGUAUUUGAUACACUGCCGAUUUUGCAGGUUUUCCUACUUACGAAGCAUGUAGAAGUCUGUAAUUUUUAUCAUAGGUACACUUCAACUGUGAAAGAUGGAAUCUAAAACAAAAAUCCAUAAAAUCAUAUUGUAUGAUUUUUAAGUAAUUAAUUUGCAUUUUAUUGCAUGACAUAAGUAUUUGAUACAUCAGAAAAGCAGAACUUAAUAUUUGGUACAGAAACCUUUGUUUGCAAUUACAGAGAUCAUACGUUUCCUGUAGGUCUUGACCAGGUUUGUACACACUGUAGCAGGGAUUUUGGCCCACUCCUCCAUACAGACCUUCUUCAGAUCCUUCAGGUUUUGGGGAUGUCGCUGGGCAAUACGGACUUUCAGCUCCCUCCAAAGAUGUUCUAUUGGGUUCAGGUCUGGAGACUGGCUAGGCCACUCCAGGACCUUGAGAUGCUUCUUACGGAGCCACUCCUUAGUUGCCCUGGCUGUGUGUUUCGGGUCAUUGUCAUGCUGGAAGACUCAACCACGACCCAUCUUCAAUGCCCUUACUGAGGGAAGGAGGUUGUUGGCCAAGAUCUCGCGAUACAUGGCCCCAUCCAUCCUCCCCUCAAUACGGUGCAAUCGUCCUGUCCCCUUUGCAGAAAAGCAUCCCCAAAUAAUGAUGUUUCCACCUCCAUGCUUCACGGUUGGGAUGGUGUUCUUGGGGUUGUACUCAUCCUUCUUCUUCCUCCAAACACGGCGAGUGGAGUUUAGACCAAAAAGCUAUAUUUUUGUCUCAUCAGACCACAUUACCUUCUCCCAUUCCUCCUCUGGAUCAUCCAGAUGAUCAUUGGCAAACUUCAGAUGGGCCUGGACAUGCGCUGGCUUGAGCAGGGGCGCUGCAUGAUUUUAAUCCAUGACGGCGUAGUGUGUUACUAAUGGUUUUCUUUGAGACUGUGGUCCCAGCUCUUUUCAGGUCAUUGACCAGGUCCUGCUGUGUAGUUCUGGGCUGAUCCCUCACCUUCCUCAUAAUCAUUGAUGCCCCACCAGGUGAGAUGUUGCAUGGAGCCCCAGACCGAGGGUGAUUGACCGUCAUCUUGAACUUCUUCCAUUUUCUAAUUAUUGCGCCAACAGUUGUUGCCUUCUCACCAAGCUGCUUGCCUAUUGUCCUGUAGCCCAUCCCAGCCUUGUGCAGGUCUACAAUUUUAUCCCUGAUGUCCUUACACAGCUCUCUGGUCUUGGCCAUUGUGGAGAGGUUGGAGUCUGUUUGAUUGAGUGUGUGGACAGGUGUCUUUUAUACAGGUAACGAGUUCAAACAGGUGCAGUUAAUACAGGUAAUGAGUGGAGAACAGGAUGGCUUCAUAAAGAAAAACUAACAGGUCUGUGAGAGCCGGAAUUCUUACUGGUUGGUAGGUGAUCAAAUACUUAUGUCAUGCAAUAAAAUGCAAAUUAAUUACUUAAAAAUCAUACAAUGUGAUUUUCUGGAUUUUUGUUUUAGAUUCCAUCCCUCACAGUUGAAGUGUACCUAUGAUAAAAAUUACAGACCUCUACAUGCUUUGUAAGUAGGAAAACCUGCAAAAUCGGCAGUGUAUCAAAUACUUGUUCUCCCCACUGUAUAUAGGGGACAGAUCAGAGUGGCAGCUGGUCUUAAACAUUUAAUGGUUGAAUAUUUAACCAUUUCCCUUUGAUCUGUUUUACCCUGUAAUCACAACCAGUUUGGAAGCCUUUGUUUAGGCCUCAAAAAUUGUAAGUGAUUUAAAACGCAUAGUAUUCAUUAAUAUGCUGUACUAUACAAAUGCCUAGCAGCCAACCUGCUUGCUCCAGUCCCUUGUAAAAUACUGUGAAAAAAGUACUUUCUUACAGUUUAUUAGUCACUUUUACAGUAUUGUAGUGUGUUUCAUUACUUUGACAUUAUAGUAACUUACAGGAAGGAAGCUGGCAUCAAGUUCCCGUCAAUAUCUCAGUAAUGUAUUGGCACAAUCCAGAGAUCAUAAGAUAUAUUGUUGUAAUUAUAAUUAUUUUGAAGACCAGUGUAUCCUUAACUACAACAACAUUUUCAUAAACGGUUACAGAAACAUUUAACUUGCUAUGACUAUGAUCGGCCUAUGUGUUUUUUUAUCAACCUUGGUUGAAUGCACCAACUGUAAGUUGCUAAGGGACAAGAGCGCCCGCUAAGUGACCAAAAUGUAAAAAUUAUAACUUGUAAAGAACACUGGGUAAUAUGUCACUGGGUUAUAACAGUAAUAUGCUGUAAUUGUAAUUUAUACUGUAAAUUAGAUUACAGUAAAUUACUUGGUACUGUAAAUUAUAUUACAGUACACAUUUUGGCCAAUCGCUGCCAGGAAGUUACUGUACAUUUUACAGGAAAUAUUUUACAGUGUAUACAUAUAGCAUAAGCCUACUGACCGUCUUGCAGAACUACAGUUUGAUGCUACAUUCCGAACAUAAUGUAGCUAUGAUGGCCCACCAUAUUUCCUAUCCCCCUCCCUCGUACAAGUUGGCACUGUGAUGUGACUUUCUUUUUGCAAGUCUGGGAAGAGUGGUGUCACUUUGUCAGACAGCAGCCCUUUUGUGCCCUGUUAAGAGACAAAAAGCAGGGGCGUUAUGAGACGAGCCAAAAAGGGCGGGUCGUAGUGGACAGGAGAAAUGUACAGCGUCAGUUUGGGGUACAGUUCCAAUGGGGGGGGGGGGUAGUGUAUGGUUCUAGUAAGCUAACAUAUGAAAUGGUUUUAAGAUGGUCAUACCAAGUAUCAGUUAGCUAUUUGAUUUGGAAUUGUAGGACCCCUUUAGGUAUUUAAAAAAUAUAUUUGCAUUUUACAGACGCUCUUAUCCAGAGCGACUUAAAGUUUGUGAGUGCAUAAUUUUUUUUUUUCAUACUGGCCCCCCGUGGGAAUCGAACCCACAACCCUGGCGUUGCAAACGCCAUGCUCUACCAACUGAGCUACACGGGACCAUGUAAUUGUUUUAUUGAUGAAACAUUGAAUUUGGCCUUACUGCUAUUAGUCCAUAGAAAUGCAUUGAAUACCAGAUUCAUACAUGGAUAAACAGAUGGGCAAAAAAUAAAUUAAAAGAACGUUAGUUUUAAAGUGUCUGUCCUAUAUCUGAGAGAUCAGGACAUUUAUAUAUAUUUUUUACCCAUAUUUAACUCCUUUUCUUUGGCACUAAACUAUUUCCUUAUACGUAUACUUCCAUACAUUAUUCUACCUGGUACCGGGCUACCUUCAGACGAGGCUUGUGGGCGUCCAAGAGCAAAACAUAGAGGGGCUAUAUUAGUGUGUAGCCCAAACUGUUUGGAUACUACAGACAAAAGUUGGCAGAUCGGCGGUACCGACUUCAGACAAGUCCCGUGCCGCUUGUGAGAGUCAUGGAGAAAAACGAAGAACACCCUCGUAAGAGUCUCAUCUUUCCUCCUGUAGCUCAGUUGGUAGAGCAUGGUGCUUGCAACGCCAGGGUUGUGGGUUUGUUUCCCACGGGGGACCAGUAUGAAAAAUGUAUGCACUAACUGUAAGUCGCUCUGGAUAAGAGCGUCUGCUAAAUGACUAAAAUGUAAUGUAAAUGCUACAGACAGAUUUUAGGGAUGUCUCAUGGUCUGACAAACACCACUGUAGCCAAUGUUAGUUGUGAAGUCAAUUAUUUUUAUACUGAAUGUUCAUGAAAACAGCCUGUUUGACGGUCAUUGUUGUUUUCAGAGUAAAACAUUUUAUUGAAGAGUAUCUGCCCAAGAGUAUCUGCCCAGGCCUUUACAAAAGGCCAGAUGGUACAUGUGACAGAGUCACAUGGAGUCAUGGGUGACACCACCUUGUGUUACUGGGUUUCAAUCAAUGGGUUAUUCUAUUUAAGCUCUCAAGGGGACCAAUGCUGUGCCAUGUCCUGAUCUCAAGGUCAGGUCAAGACUAGACAAUGUUCAUAGACACUAGUCGGUCUGUACAGUAUCUCACAUCUAUAGUAUGCAACAUGACGCUUUAAAAAAGGUCAAGGUUUAUGAUGACAAAAUACACAUUUGUGUAAACUAUACAAUAUUGUGCAAAAUGUGUUAAUUGAUUGCUAAUGUGUUACAUUGUUAUUCAGUGAAUAUUCCCGGUAUGUUGAGGAUUGAUGUAUUUCCACUAAAUGUUAUGCAGUAAAUAUUGCAAUGUAGCUGGCUAUGAUAACACUAUAAGUUCCUUUUGGUUGGUGAUUUUCUGCUCCUCAGCUGUGUGGCUCGUUGGUGUUGGCAGUGGGAUUAUGGCUGAGGUUUGACCCAAAGACAGUCCAGCUCCUGAAUGGAGAGGGAGCCCCCGAGACCUUCUUUAUAGGUGAGUCCAGUCCACAGUCAGACCAGGACCCCAGACCAGCUGAACACCCUCCCCACUGGUUCUAUUGGAAUUAUUGUACUGUUACCAGCAUCAUGGUCAGUAUAGCACAACGUAGCCAUAGCAAAAUGCUACGUUUCAAAAUUGUUUUGCACAUAUCCUUGUACUGAACAUGGCCUAGCUACCUACAACGUUUACUUAGGUAGGAAUACGUUUGAAGUACAGUAUUUAAUGGGUGGGUAUCUUUGUGUUUGUUGGAACAUUUCCCAUCAAUCUAACCUGUUCUUGUUUCUUUCCCAUAGGAACAUAUACGCUAUGACAGGAACCUUUUUGACAGGAACCAUUUUUUUAUGGAUUAUUCUAAUAUUAGUGAGUUACACUAAAACGCCUGCGGGUCAUCCCCUUGUAGGACAUAAUAAUAGGUUUAUUUCUGCAACAACAAACGCAUAUUUCCCACAAAAGCUAAUUGAAGAGAAAGUGCAUGGAGGGGCAUUUUCCUGAGCAUCCGGUUAAAUGCAAACUACACUUUAAAUAACAUCAUAUUCACACAAUGCCCCAUGUCAUGUCACAAUCUAUAUUAGCCAUUGUAUAUGUAUUCCAAGACUCUGUCUUGUGUUUCAAGUGACCUCAACGUUCAGUAUUAAUUAUCGGUGUUCCAUAUAAUAUCCUCUCUCUCAAUUGGUCUCCUACAUGGACAUGAGUAGAAUGCGGCCUGAUCUUGUUACUCCCAUUUAGAGCGUGAUUAAAAUGGUGACUCACUUUACCAACUCUACCAUGCCUUCACCCAGUUGGCUGCUGCCCUCAGGGUGCUGUAGCUCAUUCGGUGGGCUCUGAGGCGACUGUCUCCUAGCGACCACCCCUCCCAUUAGCCAGAGAGUCAUGAUAUCAUCAUAAAUUGCAUCAUUCAUUGCACAUUGUGAUAUCGACAUCUGAUGGCAGCUUUUCUAUUAAAUCCUAGUUAAAUGCAGUAAAAGAAGAGCUGGGUACAUGCCCAAGCUUUUUGGGUUUGUGUGUCAUCACUGAUGGGAUGAUGUAUGCAAUGUAGCUGGCUAUGAUAACACUAUAAGUUCCUUUUGGCUUUCAAUGCAAAUGCCAUACCAGCUCUUGCCUGGGCAUCCAAACCAUGUGGUACAAAGAGAGCUACUACCAACAUAGUGACUUUUGAGUUUGGUAAUGUCCAGGCAAUGUAUAACAAUCACCUGUCCUAAACAGAUGUGCUAUAUAAAACAAGGAUUGGGAAUCGUGUAACAUAUAUAUUUUGACCCCUAGACUUUUCUGCAGAAAAGCAAGCAGUAUGCAGAUAGUGAGUGUGAUGACCAACACACAGCAAAAAGCAAAGCCCAUUAAGCAUCAGAUGAAAGCUUUGAUUAGUAAUGAAAUGGUAGCAAUAGAGCAGCAGCAACAUAAAUCAUAAACCAAACUCAAAAUUGUAUCCAAUAAGGCUUUCUGUAUUGGUUGUAACAAACAAUACAUGCAUAACCUUGUAUUCUGAUCCAUUUCAGUUCACAUUUAAUGUGGAGACGUUACACAUGUUUGGGCAAAAACAUAGCACUAAGAUUGAUCAUGUUUUGUCAUAGUCCAUGGGAGCCUUGGAUACAAGAUAAAUAUUAUAUUGGCAGCAUAAGAACAAUAUGAGAGGGAAAGGUUACCUUAUUGCAGUUGUACUGAGGAGACAAGACUAAUUAGACAGGGAUACCAUAGAGGGGCAAGGAGGCAGCAUUCCCUAUUGAUGAUUCACUUUCCAUUAUGUCACCUCUGUGUCUGUGUAAGCUGAGACAAGGCUAUGGGGAGCAGUGUACUUACUGAAUGAGUCGAUUUGCACACUAAACGCUCAAAUAUUUGCAUUGCCCAUUAAUAACCUCCACCAAUGUUGGUGCAGCACAGAAAUGCAAAUGCUUAGAUAUUGCACACACUGAAAAGGAGCUGUACAUGUGUUUGGAUGGAAGGGCUCUUUUAUCAACGUCGCCCGCUUUUGUUUGUGUAAAGCAAGGUGCCUGUCUUGUCUCAUGAUGUUUUCCAUCGCUAAGCAGGUGAUCAGCUUUGAGCUUAGCCAAUCCUCUCGUUUCCAGUUUCCUCCCCCAGCCAGAGAGCAGCCACAGCAGACCGCUUCACUUCACCUCCUGUCUAUUGUUCUUAAACAACAAAAACAACCUCCCAUGUGGUUUAAUUAGGCCGCCUGUGUCGUUGAUUAAGCCAAACACUGAGCAUGGGGACUUCCCUGGUGUACCAUUACUCUACCGAAUCAUCAUCUAAGUGUCGCACUGUUUCAUUGUCUCAGGGAAGGGCUGGUAGUGAGGGCUGGGCCGAGGGGGGCAUGCGGGAACAUCACAGGGGAGAUGAGAUGACACCAUCCCAGCCACAGUGCUGUGGUGACUGUGACACCAGUCUCAGAGCAGAUGCUACCCCAGCAGAGUCUUUGUUAGGCCUGACCUGUGAUGAUGGUCUCUCCUCUGCUCCUUCUGUUGAGAGUGGUAUUGUUGCUCAGGCAGGGGUGGAGCACCUAAUGAGGACAUCCACAGGCCUCUGUAAUCUGUCUCAUCAACACAACGCUCAUAUAUUCAGAGACAUAUACUGCUGCAAAUUCAGCAAAGUGGAGCAUUGGAUUACCUUAGCAACACUUUGCUAUUCAGGGUAUGUAAAAUAUAUUCAAAUCAACCGAGAGUAACUUUGAAUAAUGUGCAAUGAGCACUUUGAAGUGGGAAAGUACCUUGUUUUAACGAUGAGACUUUUCACCACUUUUAGGAUUUUCCCUCUGUGACUCAUUUUAGCCUACAGUUCAGAAAGUCAGCAUGAAGAUAGUGUUACAUACUGGAUACUUCUACACUUUACUUUGUAGUUAGAUUGUGUUUCUGCAUGGUAGUAUCCAUGUGCAACACUCUUGCCUAAUGCUGCCAACCUCUGUUGAUUCAAUGCUCUCUCGCUCUCUCUUUCUCUCUGUUUAUCUGUAUGUGUCUCUGUCUGUCUGUCUGUCUGUCUGUCUGUCUGUCUGUCUGUCUGUCUGUCUGUAUCUCUCUAUGUACUCCUCAGCUGUGUACAUCCUGAUUGGUGCAGGCGGGGUCAUGUUGCUGGUGGGAUUCUUUGGUUGCUGUGGAGCUGUGAAGGAGUCACAGUGUCUUCUUGCAUUGGUGGGUAAUUGCUAGGAGUUUUACCUUAGGUGCCUAGCCUCAGGUUGUGUCUAUAACCUAAGGUCAUUCAUGUAAUGUACAUAUUAGAUCAUAACCUGUUCCACCUGUUGUGUCAUCAGUUGUCAGAGCAGCUUACCGAUCACUGCACCUGUACACAGCCUUUCUGAAAUUAGCCCACCCAACUACCUCAUCCCCAUAUUGUUAUUUAUUUUGCUCAUUUGCACCCCAGUAUCUCUAUUUGCACAUCAUCUUUUGCACAUCUAUCAUUCCAGUGUUAAUACGAAAUUGUAACUAUUUUGCACUAUGGCCUAUUUAUUGCCUUACCUCCAUAACUUACUACAUUCGCACACACUGUAUAUAUAUUUUCUGUUGUAUUUUUUACUUUAUGUUUUGUUUACCCCAUAUGUAACUCUGUGUUGUUGUUUUUAUCGCACUGCUUUGCUUUAUCUUGGCCAGGUCGCAGUUGUAAAUGAGAACUUGUUCUCAACUGGCUUACCUGGUUAAAUAAAGGUGAAAUGAAAUAAAAUAAAAAUAAAAAAAUCAUCAUGAUUUGUAAUUACAGUUGAAGUCGGAAGUUUACAUACACUUAGGUUGGAGUCAUUUACAAAUUUCUUCUUACCAAACUAUCGUUUUGGCAAGUCGGUUAGGACAUCUACUUUGUGCAUGACACAAGUAAUUUUUCCAACAAUUGUUUACAGACAGAUUAUUUCACUUAGAAUUCACUGUAUCACAAUUCCAGUUGACUGUGCCUUUAAACAGCUUUGAAAAUUCCAGAAAAUGAUGUCAUGGUUUUAGAAUCUUCUGAUAGGCUAAUUGACAUCAUUUGAGUCAAAUGGAGGUGUACCUGUGGAUGUAUUUCAAGGCCUACCUUCAAACGCAGUGCCUCUUUGCUUGACAUCAUGGGAAAAUAAAAGAAAUCAGCCAAGACCUCAGAAAAAAAAUUGUUAAACCUUUGGGAGCAAUAUCCAAACGCCUGAAGGUACCACGCUCAUCUGUACAAACAAUAGUACGCAAGAAUAAACACCAUGGGACCACAGAGCCGUCAUACCGCUCAGGAAGGAGACACGUUCUGUCUCCUAGAGAUUAACGUACAUUGGUGCGAAAAGUGCAAAUCAAUCCCAGAACAACAUCAAAGGACCUUUGUGAAGAUGCUGGAGGAAACAGGUACAAAAGUAUCUAUAUCCACAGUAAAACAAGUCCUAUAUCGACGUAACCUGAAAGGCCACUCAGCAAGGAAGAAGCCACUGCUCCAAAACCGCCAUAACAAAGAGAGAAAUGUCCUCUGGUCUGAUGAAACAAAAAUAGAACUGUUUGGCCAUAAUGACCAUCGUUAUGUUUGGAGGAAAAAGGGGGUGCUUGCAAGCCGAAGAACACCAUCCCAAACGUGAAGCACGGGGGUGGCAGCAUCAUGCUGUGGGGGUGCUUUGCUGCAGGAGGGUCUGGUGCACUUCACAAAAUAGAUGGCAUCAUGAGGAAGGAAAAUUAUGUGGAUAUAUUGAAGCAACAUCUCAAGACAUCAGUCAGUAAGUUUAAGCCUGGUCGCAAAUGGGUCUUCCAAAUGGACAAUGACCCCAAGCAUACUUCCAAAGUCGUGGCAAAAUGGCUUAAGGACAACAAAGUCAAGGUAUUGGAGUGGCCAUCACAAAGCCCUGACCUCAAUCCUAUAGAACGUUUGUGGGCAGAACUGAAAAAGCGUGUGCGAGCAAGGAGGCCUACAAACCUGACUCAGUUACACCAGCUCUGUCAGGAGGAAUGGGCCAAAAUUCACCCAACUUAUUGUGGGAAGCUUGUGGAAGGCUACCCAAAACGUUUGACCCAAGUUAAACAAUUUAAAGGCAAUGCUACCAAAUACUAAUUGAGUGUAUGUAAACUUCUGACCCACUGGGAAUGUGAUGAAAGAAAUAAAAGCUGAAAUAAAUCACUCUCUCUACUAUUAUUCUGACAUUUCACAUUCUUCAAAUAAAGUGGUGAUCCUAAUUUUUACUAGGAUUAAAUGUCAGGAAUUGUGAAAAACUGAGUUUAAAUGUAUUUGGCUAAGGUGUAUGUAAACUUCCGACUUCAACUGAACAUAGUAUGCAUUUUGAAGUUCACUGUUAAGUGAAAAAAGAACUAUAUCCCAGGGUUAGGUUUUCAGAAGACUGAGCUGGAUUUUCCUCUUUACCUGGGCUUUGCUCCGUUCAUAUUUAUUUUAACCCUGACACUCCCCAGUUCCUGCCGAUAACAUGAUGCUGCCACAACAAUACUUUCAUUUUGAUUUCACUUUGAAAAUGUGGAGUCGGUUGUGUAGAACGGUUGAAAUAAAUAUCAUAUUACAUGUCUUUGUAGAUUACAUUUUAAGGCUACAAAAUGUGAAGAUUAUGCAAGGGGUGUGUAGACUUUCACUAGCGACUGUAUAAGAAUACUGAAGGCCCUGAGUUCUUACUGACCCAGGGACAUCUCCUGGCCAUAUGUACAGGAUACUGUAUGCUAGGCUAUGAAUUAAGAUACCACUGCCCUCUCUGUUUUGCAGUUCUUUGCCUGCCUUCUUGUCAUCUUUGGUGCAGAAGUUGCUGCAGGUGUGUUUGGAUUCAUGAGCAAAGACAAGGUAUAUCCACUUCAAUCAGUGUUCCGAUAUUUAAUUAAACGUGAAUUAAAGACAACCACUUAUUUAUACUGCAAUCUCGAUCUCUGACUGAUUUGAAUGACUGUUUAAUCCUUAAUCUAUGUUUUAGAUCAUCAACGAUGUUCAACAGUUCUAUAGUGAAUCUAUUUCAGAUAAUUCUGAAAAUUCCAACAGCACUGCUGUAGCUGAAAUUUACCACACUGUUGUGAGUUAAACUACAUUUUUAUUUAUGCUCUCAUAUGUACAUGAUCAUGUCACACUGUCAAUGUUGUCCAUUUCUAUGUUUUGAUAUACAAUAUUUAUUUUUGAAAUCCUUUGUUUUUUUUGCCGUAGCUGAAUUGCUGUGGUGUCUCCAUGCCUUUGUGUCCUGAUGCUGAUGAAGACACAAAGGUACAACUCUUCUUUGUGCUCUCCUGGUGCAGUAUCAUACCAUAGAGAAUGAUAGAGGCCUCUAGUGGCCAAAAGGCCUUAUUAGUAUGGGCAGCGCCAUUGAGGGCUUCCACCAUUUUAAUUUAGUCAACUGGGUGGGACUUCCAACUUCAUUGGCUAUCCCUCCUGGUUGCCCUGUUGGAGUCAUGUCCAACCGGGUCAUCAGGAGGUAUCAGCCAAUCGUGAAGAAGAAAAUUGACUACAUCAAAAUGGAGGUUGCCUCUGGUGCUGCCGGGUCAUUCAUACUAUGCGAUGGCUUUUGGACCUCAUGACUUUAGGGGACUUUAAAAAUAUAUAUAAUUCUAUCAGAAAAGGGACAUGUUUGACUUUCAGAAAAAUAUAUUGGUCAAGCUCAGGCACUUAUUCUUUCUUUUGGUGCAUUUUCCAACCUGUUAGGUGCAUAAUCCUAACGGUGGAAAUUUGGAACAUAAAUUAGCGAUAGCUCUGUGAGUGAACAAGAUUGAGCUAGCAUAAUGGCGAACACUUCUCUGUCAAACAUACAGUAUUUUGAAAUUUGGUACAUUUUCUCUAUAAUUUAGCCUAACAGGGUGGAAAUGUAUGAGUGGGACCUACAGACUAACAACAUGGAACAAUAAAUACAACAGAGAGUUUAUAUUUAUUUAGCUUUUCACCAUUGUUUUCCCACCAAAUAAAUGAUGAUGCUUCCUGAAUGUGGUGUCAUUGUAGAAAGGGGUUGUUUUCUUAAAUUGAGAAUUUCAACAAAUUAACAGGGUAAACGUGAUAUCAGGAACACACAGAAAAUCUUAAAUAAAAUAAUAAAUACAGUAAUCAUGAAAAAACUUUAUUAAUAAGAGAUAAUUUAACUAAAAUAAUGAUGGCUUAUAUUUCUCGUGGAAGUUGAUGAAUAACACCCGGGGACAUGGCAAAAACGCCUACAUCCACUGAAAACAAAGUGUUCAAAAUGCAUAAAAUGCCCUUUCAAGAUCCAUAUUUUGGUGUAUUUAAAGUAAAGGACACCUGCUUAUAUUUCAAGCCUUUUGGAAUCCACAUUUUACACUAAACAAGAAGGGAUAUUUCCUGGGGACAGAAAAGGCACCGCAUGGUAGGAAUGGCCCUACCCAUGCUGUCACACGCUAUAAUGGCAGAUACAAAGAUGAGUCCUCUAUCUCUAUGUUGAAAAGCAACAUUGUUUUACCAUAGGCCUACUGCUUGUCCCCUACUGAGUGCCAUUACUGUAGGCCUACUGUUGUGUUUAUUUCACAUUACAAAAGAAAAAUCUAGUUUUAUAAGCUAGUUAUAGUACAGUAGUGCCUUUAGCUGUGCUUAGAGCAUAGGGUUAAUAUACUUUGUAAGAAAUAGUGAAUAAAUGUAUUGUAAGUGACAUCCUAUAUGCUAUGUGUUUCUAGGACUGUCUGAAUGCAAUAAUGGGCUUUUUCAAUGAAAAGCUCUACAUUAUCGGAUAUGUGGGGAUUGGUGUAGCAGGAGUAAUGGUAAGGAUCUUACUGACACUCUGGCACAAAUUACAUUGUUACAUAUGGUAACUCAUAUGAUUAUUUACAAUAUGUUACACAUGACUGCAUAAAACUGUAUUACAAGCUUAUAGCCUACUAAUAUAGAUGUUUUUGUUCUCUCCUCAGGUCAUUGGUAUGAUCUUCAGUAUGGUCCUCUGCUGUGCAAUUCGAAACAACAGGGAGGUGAUCUAGAAAGAUCCAGUAGCUCAUCCCUUCCCACCGUGCAGGCCCAACACAGACUCACCAGUCCCUUGUCCCAUCCUCAUUCAGGCAUUGUGAUUACAUCACAUCUGGGCUGGAGGAAAGGGGAGCCUUUAAAAAAAAACAGAAACCUACAAGUCCAUGGGGUCAAUUUGGUGGUGUGGGUGUGAUAUCACACACCCAGAAUAUCACCAGGAUUUCCCCAUCCUCUAGACAGAGGCCUGCACUGUGUGGAGCCAGUGGGACCAGACAAUCUCUCUUUCCUCUGGCAUCUCUGUAAACUAAAUAUCUGGUCCCUCUCUGCGCUCCUCCUCUCCAAGCACAACAUGGCUCAGGAUUUGGAAGUACUCUGAGACAUUCCCCAUUUUCCGCAUCCUCUUCUAACACUGCUAGCAUUCCAUGUAC